CCCUGCGCGGCCGCGACCUUUGUGGCGCUGGUCCGCUCGGCGCGCAGCUAUGGCGCGGAAGUCAAAUUUGCCUCUCUUACUUGUGCCGCUCCUGCUCGGUCCAGCCCUAGUGCGCGGCGGCAGCCCUCUGCCCCUGGUCCUCAACACUUGGCCUUUUAAGAAUGCAACCGAAGCAGCAUGGAAGACAUUAGUCUCUGGAGGCUCGACCCUGGAUGCAGUAGAGAGAGGCUGCGCCACGUGCGAGAGAGAGCAGUGUGAUGGCACUGUGGGCUUUGGAGGAAGUCCUGAUGAACUUGGAGAGACCACGCUAGAUGCUAUGAUCAUGGAUGGCACUACUAUGGAUGUAGGAGCAGUAGGAGAUCUUAGACGAAUUAAAAAUGCUAUUGGUGUGGCACGGAAAGUACUGGAACAUACAACACACACACUUUUAGCAGGAGAGUCAGCCACCAAGUUUGCUGAAAGCAUGGGGUUUAUCAAUGAGGACUUAUCUACUAAUGUUUCUCAAGCUCUUCAUUCAGAUUGGCUUGCUCGGAAUUGCCAGCCAAAUUAUUGGAGGAAUGUUAUACCAGAUGCCUCAAAAUACUGUGGACCCUACAAACCACCUAGUAUCUUAAAGCAGGAUGCUCCUACCUAUAAAGAAACAAGAGAUGACCGUGGUCAUGACACUAUUGGCAUGGUUGUAAUCCAUAAGACGGGACGCACUGCUGCUGGUACAUCUACAAAUGGAGAUUCGCCGGUCCCCGGAUCUGGGGCCUACGCUGAUGAUGCCGCAGGGGCAGCUGCAGCCACCGGAGAUGGUGAUGUAUUGAUGCGCUUUCUACCAAGCUACCAAGCUGUAGAAUAUAUGAGAACAGGAGAAGAUCCAACCAUAGCUUGCCAGAAAGUGAUUUCCAGAAUUCAGAAGUAUUAUCCCAAGUUCUUUGGGGCUGUCAUAUGUGCCAAUGUGACUGGAAGUUAUGGUGCUGCUUGCAAUAAACUUUCAACAUUUACUCAGUUUAGUUUCAUGGUUUAUAAUCCUCUAAAAAGUCAGCCAACUGAGGAAAAAGUGGACUGCAUCUAAUCCAUCUUUUCUGUCAACAUCUAUAUUUAAAGAAGAAAGAAACAAAGGCUGAAAAGGUUGCUCUCUAUCGUUGUAUAGUGUUCCUCAAGUAUUCUCAAGUCUUUUUGUAAAAUAAACACAAAAGUAAACUUAUGCUGAAGUGGCACUUUCACUUUCUAUAACUGAAAUGUUUUUAUUAUCUAUUUUUAUUUAAGCUUUGGUAUAUCCUCUGAAAAUAAAUAUGUAUAUGUGUGUGUGUAUGUGUGUUGUAUAUGUUUAAAUUUUAGGUGAUAUUUGCAUUUCUGAUCCAUGUUGCAAGAAAUUGCUACUUUGGGGAUUUAUUUCUACAGUGAUAUAGUAAAACCGGGAGAAACAAUCUAUAUUUAAAUGCUUAAAAUAAUUAGAGUAUACAAGUUUUUUAGACCUAAAGAAAAAAGUAACAAUGAGUCUCAGCAUGAUUAGUCUUGAUUGAGUUUCAGUAUGUGACAAUGAUAUGUCUCUUAUCACUGAUUAUUAGUUUGACCUCAUAUUCCCUAAAAGCUUGAAGGAGGAUGAUAUUAAUAACAUAGAUGCUUUUGUUUUGCACAUAUUAGAAGAUACAAUCUUCUGAUGAGCCACUGUGUUGAUAUUAUUUGCUUUUUCCCUCUGUUGGAGCUCUCAAUGUACGAAGGUUCUUAAGCCACAAAAAUCUCUGAUCUUUUAGCUACUAAUAUUUGGUAUUGAUCAUGUCUUUUGAAAAUGAUUUGGGGAACUUGAUCUGUACUAUAAUUUUACUAAUCUCUUGUGCAAAGGUGGGUAUUGCAAUUAGAAAUAAGUCAAUAAAUAUGUUGUCUAGCUUGGUAUUGUUUUCCUAACUUCUGAAUUAACUGUAUGACUGACAAUUGUGCAGAAAUUAUGUCUUUGUUUUCUCAGCAUCUUUUCCUUUGAAAUUAUUAUUUUUUUAAUCAGGAGUCAUUAAUAAAACUACAUGUACAAU